AUGCCCAAACCCUCCUGGCGUCGACGAUCCAAUUUGAUGAUGCUGUUGCAAUCGCCACAGACGCUAUCCUGGCCAGCUGAGCAAGCUUGUCGCCACACCGGUUGGGAUGCUAUUCUGGCGCAGCUGAGCAGCUACGGUGCUGGCUCGCUUGUUGCUGUCGAGCUCCGCAACUGGAUUGGGGCUUACCGGCAGGCGAAUGUUCAGCUUGUGAUGCUGCGGGGAUCGGGAAGUAUUUAUGUGCAAGUGGUUUGA